UCCGACUGCGGCAAAGGUUUCAAGUCGUCCACGCACCUGAAGGUGCACAGGUGCCUGCACACCGGGGAGCAGCCCUACACCAGCAGCGACUGCGGAAAGAGCUUCACCCACUCCAGCAGCCUGCUGGUGCACCAGCGCACCCACACCGGCGACCGCCCCUACACUUGUGCCCAGUGCGGCAAGGGCUUCACCCGCUCCACCAGGCUGCUGGAGCACCAGCGCACCCACACCGGGGAUCGACCCUACACCUGCGUCCAGUGCGGCAAGGGCUUCACCUGCUCCACUAGCCUGCUGGAGCACCAGCGCACCCACACUGGCGAGCGUCCCUACACCUGCGCCCAGUGCGACAAAGGCUUCACCAAGUCCAACAACCUGCUACAGCAUCAGCGCACCCACACCGGCGAGCGUCCCUACACCUGCGUCCAGUGCGGCAAGGGCUUCACCCGCUCCACCAGUCUGCUGUCCCACCAGCGGGUGCACGCCGGUGACCGUCCCGUCGCCAGCCCAGUGUGUGGAGAGCGCUUUGCCAUUGCCUCUCACGCCCUGUCUCACCAGCACUUGCACACCAGUGGCCAGCCCAACGACUGCCCGUACUGUGGUGAGGCAUUUGACAGCUUGCAGGGGUUGCUGCAGCACCGACGGGCUCAUGCCGGCGAGCAGCUGCUCCCACUAUGACAAGCGAAUCAUGGGGGCUGCGGGAGCACCAGCGGAUACACACCAGAGAAAACCCCUUUGUGUGCGCUGAGUGUGACAAGGGUUUCACCCGCAUGUCCAGCCUGUGGCAGCACCGGCGUACCCACAGCGGUGAGCGUCCCUUCCCCCGCCUGUCCUGUGGUAAGAGCUUCACCCGCCUUUCUCAACACGAAAUGUCCCCCAUUCCUUCUCUCCAGAGAUGCUGCCUUUCCGGCUGAGUUACUCCAGCAAUGUGUGUCCAUUUUUG